AAUUAACCUUGAUAUAUUUGAAUCUAGAUUGAUGCCGUAAUAAAGAAACCGCUCAUCAGAUUAACAUGUUGAAACGUUUGACGUUAAAAGAAGAGAUCUGAUUUAGUAAGCAAAUUGAAUGCGAUAUAUUAUGUGCAAAAUAGUUGCUCCAUCGAGAGAGAACAUGGAACUGUUACAAAAAGAAAGCUAACACGUACGUCAAUAACUUUUCUCUAUAAGUACGAAUCAGGAUCUAUGCUAAGCCAACUUAACACUUCGUAAUUGUUGCUCUAAUGGAGAAACGGCAAAGAUUUCUGUCCGUUUCCUUCCUCUUCUUCUUCACUACUCUCGCCGUUUGGUUCGCUUGUCCACAGAUCGGAGCAGCCGACGAUCAUCGAACGACGGCGAGGGCAAGGCGGGACGCGCGUGAGCACCACCGCCACAACGGGCACGUGAAGCUGUUCGUUUUCGGAGACUCCUACGUAGACACGGGGAACUUCGAGCCCAACAAUGGUUCCUGGCUGCCGCCUUUUGGCCGCACUUUCCCCGGCGCCCCCAGCGGCCGCUUCUCCGACGGCCGCGUCCUCACCGAUUACAUUGCUGAUUUCCUGGGAAUAAGGACGCCGAUCGCUUAUCAACAGAUCAGAGUAGGGAACAUCAGCGAACAGCUGAAAUCCGGUGUGAAUUUCGCAUGCGGCGGCACCGGCAUCGUCAGCGUGAUCAGCAAGGGCCCGAUCCUCGGCGACCAGAUCAGUCAAUUGGGCCAGAUGAUCCGACACCGUUUCUACAAUCACACAGACCUCAACAAUUCCGUCGCAAUCGUUGCUGCCUCCGGCAACGAUUACUUAUACGCCACCCUCCAGAACGCAACGGCGUUGACGAGAAGGGUGAUAAAGCAGCUGAAGACAGACCUUGGGCGAAUCCGUGACGAGAUUGGGAUCCCUAAAGUGGGCGUGUUGCUAAUGGAGCCGGCCGGAUGCUUACCAAACAGCGCCGGCCCUUCCGCCAUGUACAGUUCCAAAUGCAACGACGCCUACAACGCCAUUGUCAGAAACCACAACCAGUUGCUGAAGCAAGCCGUUCAAGACCUGAUCAAGGAAUCAACUAACAACAAGAAGAAUGGUACCUUCAUCGUUUUGGAUCUCUUCCAGGCAUUCUCCAUCGCACUCGAGGAGCACAAAUACCACACAGGUAGCUUGAAGUACAAGAAUCCACUGAAGCCAUGCCUGACCCAGGAGCACGGGAAGUACCCGUGUGGUGUAAGCCACGGCAAAAACUCACAGGUUAGGGUUUGCAAGCACCCAGAGCUGGCCUUCUUCUGGGACUGUAGCCAUCCAACCCAGAACGGCUGGUAUGAGAUUUAUUUGGCUUUACAGCAUUCCCUCUACCAAUUUUAUGAUACUGAGUAGCAGCAGUUCACCAAUGAGAUUUCUUGUACGCAUCAUCAUCAUAUAUAUAUAUAUGUAUGUAUAGAUCGAUACCGUUCGUCGAGAUAUUUCAAGUCUGGAUUGUGACGAAAUCGAGUUAUAACAUCAUGAAAUGUAGAUCAAGUCAUGUAAGGUACAUUGAGAGAUCGAGAGUUCUAUUGUUCAGUGAGCUUGAGUUAAGCUUCACUUCUGAAAGAAAGACACAACAAUAUUUUGUUGGGAAAAGACAGAUGAGUACACGAGCAACCAAUCGAGGCGUGUGGUAUUUUUCAUCUAAAUCAGUACAUUAUGAAUGAAUACAAAUCGAAGUAUGAAACCGGUAGAUGCUACAUGUGACAUAAAUAAAAAUGAAAGAGUAUGCACAUAUAUGCUUAUUACUCAAUAUCCCAUAAUUGAUAGUGGAAUGAGUUAAUACACCAUUAUUUUUCUU